AUGAAAUCUCUCACUCUUUUCUCAUUCACAGCCUGUUUCUCCGUCAUUCUUGGUGCUGGCCAAGCUGCCGCCAACCCGCUCCUUCAGGCUUCUGAGCCAGAUGUAGUCCAAGGCACCAUACGCAUUCAUGGCGACGAUGCCUAUCCAGUCUUCAUGCGCCGACUACUGCCAACCGACGCACCAAGAGCACGUUACCCUGGGUUCAAGCAGGAAACCUUGCUCCUCAAGAACGGGACCAUUCGAAGGGAGGGGGCAAUGCCUCUGAGCUGUGACAUCGUGUUUGAAAGGGAUGUCCCGGUCACCCUUCGCGACGGCAUUACCAUCUACACAGACGUCUUCCGUCCGGUCGGAGAUCAACCUGUCCCAGCAAUUGUGGCUUGGAGUCCUUACGGAAAACAAAUCGGAGGCCAGUGGCUCGAUGACCUUGCGAACCGGUCGAAUGUUCCCCUUUCCCUUGUGUCCGAGCUGCAAAAGUUUGAGGCCCCUGACCCGGCCUACUGGGUAUCAAAGGGGUACGCCAUAUUGAACCCCGACGCCCGCGGAGCCUAUGCCUCGGAGGGUAACAUCACCUACUGGGGCCGCCAACUCGCCGAAGAUGGAUACGACUUUAUCGAAUGGGCCGCAGACCAACCAUGGAGCAAUGGCAAAAUAGGCAUGGCCGGCAACUCUUUUCUCGCAAUCUCACAGUGGCACAUUGCGGCGUCGCAACCCCCACACCUGGCAGCCAUUGCCCCCUGGGAGGGCGCUACGGAUAUCUUGCGAGCAGCAGCCACAUCGCUUGGACUUGGGAACUUGGGCUUCGAAGAGGCCGUCAUGACCACUUUCUCAGGAAAUAACUAUGUUGAAGACACCCCCAGGAUGAUGCUGAACAACAGUUUGGACAAUAUUUACUGGCGGAAUCGGAGCCCCCACUUAAGCAACAUCACAGUUCCAGCUUAUGUCGUGGCAAGCUACACUAACCUCGCGCACACUCACGGCACUUUUGACGGGUUUCGACACAUCAGCUCCGAUAAGAAGUGGCUUCGCGUGCACAACACUCAUGAGUGGCAGGACUUUUACGUCGAGGAACACACUGAAGAGCUGCGUGUCUUUUUCGAUCGUUUUCUUAAAGAUAGCCCGAACGACUGGGAGCAGACACCCCGAGUACGGAUUUCUGUUCUUGACCCCGGCUCCAAUGAUACUGUCGGUCGUGUUGUCGAGGACUGGCCUGUGCCGGAUCUGCAGUCUGCCACCCUCUUCCUCGGCUCCAACCGGACCCUCAGUCACCAUCUCAAUCCCUCAUCCACCUCCGUGUCCUACGAAAUCAACGCGAAUACCACUGGCGUGCUGUUCUCUUACACAGUCCCAGACCUUGUUGAGAUCAUCGGGUACGUCAAAGUCCGUCUUUGGGUGGAGGCGAAAGGCUCAGAUGAUCUGGAACUCGCUAUCACGGUCGAGAAGAGAGAUGCCCAAGGCAACCCGUUUCCACGUGUUGGUAGUGCAGAGAGUACCGAUCCUGCGGCACGUGGAAACAUUCGCGUUUCCCGCAGAGCACUCGACGAGACUCGUUCGACUCCAUCUGAGCCUUACCUGUUGCAUGAACGAGAGGACUUGCUCAGUUCAGGCGAAAUCGUUCCUGUGGACAUCGGCCUAUGGCCAACAGCUCUACGAUUCCAUCCGGGCGAGAGAAUAGUUCUCACAGUUUCUCCAACGGUGCUGACACCGUCAACUUUGGACAUGGGAUUUGGAGUUGCAGGCAUUGAAAUUCCGGAGGAAAAUGGAACCUAUGUCCCAGGUACAAGCCCUACUAUGCAGCAGCUGGGUGGGAACUAUACCAACCCUCUCUUCGUGGGAGCGCAGAGAACCAAGACCUCCACAACUCGCAACAAGGGGUCUCAUGUCCUCCACUUUGGUGGUAAAUUUGACAGCCAUGUUCUCUUGCCUUUGAACAUAACUAGCAUUCAGAGCUCUUGA